UUCCGAGCUCCAGCUCCCCUCUGUGUGACCUCAAGUCAACAAGACGGCGCCAGUUAACCGCGUCGUGCUCCGCCUGCUCUGUAGCUGCGCCACCAAGAAGAUGUCCGUCCAAGCCAAGAUCGGUCCCAGCAUCCUCAACGCGGAUCUGUCCAACCUAGCCGAGGAGUCCCAGAAGCUGCUGGACAAUGGGGCGGAUUACCUGCAUUUGGACGUGAUGGACGGCACCUUUGUGCCCAAUCUCACCUUCGGUCAUCCCAUGGUCAAGAGUUUGCGCAACAAGAUCAAGACGGCCUUCUUCGAGACGCACAUGAUGGUCCAGAAUCCGGAGCAGUGGAUCACCCCCAUGGCGGAUGCGGGUGUCAAUCUCUAUACGUUCCACAUCGAGCCGGUGGAGGAUGUGUGCAAGGUCAGCCGGCUGGUGCAGGAAUCCGGCAUGAAGGUGGGCCUGGCCAUUAAGCCCGGCACCGAGGUAAAAGCUCUGGAGAAGUACAUGAGCAUUGCCGAUGUUGUGCUGGUAAUGACCGUGGAACCCGGUUUUGGCGGACAGUCCUUCAUGGCUGACAUGAUGCCAAAGGUGGAGUGGCUGCGUGAGAGCUACCCGAACCUGGACAUCGAGGUGGACGGCGGAGUGGGACCCAAGACCAUCGAGUGCUGUGCCAAGGCCGGAGCGAACAUGAUAGUCUCGGGUACAGCCGUAGUGGGAGCCAGCGAUCAGAGACAGGUCAUGAAGGACAUGCGCGAAGUGGUGAAGAGCUACCUCAAGUGAAGAUGCAGUCACCUGAUUUUCUAUCCGUAGCAUAAGGCAGCAUUUAUUAGCUAGGCGCAGUGUUGACAAAAUUGCAACAGCUGGUAUUUGGAGAUACUUCGGGAAACAACUAUUAAAAGACAUUUACGAAAACA